AUGGCAGCAACGGAAAAUACGCUGGAAAAACAAAUUGGCUGUGUGAAAUACACCCUUUUCUGUUUCAACAUUGUCGCCUGGAUGUUGGCAACAUCAUUGUUUGCCCUAACCGUUUGGUUGAGAGCUGAACCCGGUUUCAAUGAAUGGUUAAAAAUUCUCCAAGCUGAAUCAUUCUACAUCGGCGUCUACAUUCUCAUCGCCAUCAGUAUCAUUAUGAUGGCAGUUAGCUUUUUGGGUUGCCUUUCCGCACUAAUGGAAAACACAUUGGCCCUAUUCGUUUUUAUUGGUACACAAAUAUUUGGUUUUAUAAUUGCCAUUGUCGGUUCGGCUCUCGUCAUGCAAUACAGUACAAUGCAUUCCAGUUUGCAACCAAUUCUGCAAACUAGUUUGAGUAAUUUUGUUAGUACCUCGGAGCAGCCCUACUCUUCGUAUGUUUUGAAUAUGAUUCAAGAAAAUGUGGGCUGUUGUGGUGCCAGUGGUCCAUGGGAUUAUUUGAAUUUGAGACAGCCAUUGCCUAGCUCAUGUCGUGACACUGUCAGUGGUAAUGCUUUCUUUAAUGGUUGUGUCGAUGAGUUGACCUGGUUCUUUGAGGCCAAGACAUCGUGGAUUGUGGCCAUUGCUUUGGGAUUGGGUAUGCUGAAUGUCAUCAGUGCUGUUAUGAGUUUGGUAUUGAUACAGGCCGUCAAAAAGGAGGAGGAAGAAGCCCAGAACUAUAGACGUUAG